AUGCAGGCAGAGCAAGGCUCACUGGAUCAUCUGCAUGACCCAAUCGUCGCUAGUCCCAUCACGCCGCGCGACAUCUAUGACGAGGCAGAAGCCAUUCGUGGGCGACGACGAGUGCAAUGGGGACCCAACCAGAAGAAGACGAUGAGCAAGGAUGAAACUCUGCUCGACGAGGCUGCAAAAAAUACGGGUGUAUUCUCUACUCUUCGCAAAUCUUUGACAAGACACCAAGAUAGUCUGGGACGGAAGCCCGAGACAUCCCCUUCACGCCAGCUGAGCGUGUUUGUCGACGCCGACGAAACAGAGGGUCUACCCGCCUUGACCCAGACGGACACGGAACCCGAACAAAAGAGUAACGAGCCAGAAGGUGAAAUGUCGACGUCUUGGCCACGACGCCGUACAAGCCGGAAUUCACGGGCCGACCCAGAAAUCGGAACGAUCCAAGAAGGAAAGCCCGUGUUAGACACCUUUGAAUCGACGCUGAGCAAAAGCUCGGGAGUGCUAUCUACACUCCUAUUCAUGCACGACCGCCAACCAGGCCAACCCUCGCCGAGCAGCCCCUCUUCUUCGUCGGACACACCACUCCCACCAAGCUCUAAACGCGAUGCCAAACGUUCCAUUGAGAAUGUGUUUAGCUUGCUCCAUCGCGACGACGUUCCAGAAGAAGCCGGGACGGGUGCGGGCGUGUUUGGACCACUAGUUGCGGCGACAGGAAACCUGGCGAGCGUAGCAGCACCGACGAAUGCAUCACUAGCACCAGAUUUGACGCGUCCGGGCUACCGACUCUCUCGUUACUCGCAUGCAGAGAAGAGUCCACCAUCUUCGCGUCCACAAAGUCUUCGUCGGGAAUCUGGCACGGUGUCUCCUGAUAAUGGGGGUAGCAGGACUCCGCGUACACCGUCACAUGCAGUUCAUAGCGCACUCAAGGCGAGCGGGAUCUCGUCUGCACUCAAGUCGAUGACCCCAGCGAGCUCGAGACGCAACUCGCCUCAUACGACGGACACUGAAGGUGAGGUACAAGAAGUGAAGCGUAAGCGACGGAAAACAAAGCGCAAGCGAGACGACAUUUAUAUUACGAUGCAUAUCGCCAACAUUGUCCACCGACAAAACUUUAUCCUCAAGCUUGCACGGGCCUUUCUCAUGUUUGGCGCACCGUCGCAUCGAAUUGAGAGCCAGAUCCAAGCGACUGCGCGUAUCCUAAGCCUCAAUGUGUCGUCUGUAUACCUACCGAAUCUGGUGCUCAUCUCAUUCAACGACACUGCGACGGGCACGUCGAACAUCAAGUUUAUCAAACAGAGCCCGUCGCUCGAUCUGGGCAAGCUAGUUGAUGCGUAUGCGCUAUAUUGGUGUGUAAUACAUGACAAGACGAGCGUGUCAGAGGCAUCAGAGCAACUCGACGUAUUGAUGCUUCGACUGCCGAUCUACAGAGGCCCGCUUACGGUGUUGAUUGGCGGGUUCUGCUCUGCGUUUAUCUGCCCGAUCGCAUUUAGGGGGAGCUUUGUGGAUGCGCUAAUCGCAUUUCCGCUGGGCGCGCUGCUCGUGUAUGUGCAAACAUUAUCCGCAAAGAAUGAGCUGUACAACAACGUAUUCGAGCUGGUGAUUGCGACGCUCAUGUCUUUUCUCUCGGGCGCGCUAGCGUCGACAGGCAAGUUUUGCUACUCGGCCGUGGCGUCGGCAUCAAUUGUGCUCAUCUUACCGGGCUACAUUGUGCUCUCUGGUUCACUCGAGAUUGCGAGUCGGAAUAUUUCGGCAGGGGCGGUAAGAAUGUGCUACGCGGUGAUUUACAGCCUGUUCCUCGGGUUUGGACUCGCGAUGGGCGCAGAGGUGUAUCAUCAAGUCAGCAAGAGUGACGUGGUUGGUAAUUCAGACUUUCUGUGUCAAUUGUCGCAUCGGCCAGAUGGGCCAUGGUGGCAGCGCACGCCGUCAGCCAAAUGGGCAUUUUUAUGUGCGCCGAUGUACUCCCUAUUCCUUACGUUACGAAACCAGGCGCCGUUUUGGGAAAAGGAGCUUUACGUGUCGGUAUUGAUCGCAUGUGGAGGGUGGACAGCGAACCAUUUUGCGUCUGCGCGGUUUGUGAACCGAAGCGAUAUUAGCUCAGCCAUUGGGGCAUUUGUGGUGGGGGUUGCCGGCCAUCUAUACGGGCGAUUGUUCCAAGGGAACGCGUUUGUGGUUAUGAUCACGGGGAUACUGUUUCAAUUGCCGUCUGGGCUGUCGAACGGGGGGUUGCUGGCGUUUGCGAGCCAGUCGACCGAAGGCAGUGCGACGACGUAUGCGUCUGGGUUCGGCGUGGCGGAACAAUUGGUAUCGGUCGCAGUGGGCCUGACGGUCGGGUUGUUCAUCGCAGCCGUCGUGGUGCAUCCGUGGAAGACGUCGAGGCGGGGGACGGCCCUGUUCGCGUUGUAG